CACACCGCCGCUCACACAAGUCCGGUGAGCUCCUUUAAUUCUGCAGGUAGUCCGGCGAGUGCGAGCUCUUACAAACGGCAAGUCUCUCCCAGCGCCGGCGGCAAGGCACGUCCACAUGGCCUCGUGGUCCACCGGCCUCUGCGGCUGCUUCCACGACGUCGGCGGCUGCUGCCUGACCUUCUUCUGCCCGUGCGUCGCCUUUGGGAGGAUCGCCGAGAUCGUCGACAGGGGGGCCAUGUCGUGCUGCGCGAGCGGGACGUUGUACAUGGUGCUGGCCAUGACGACCGGGGUGGGCACCGGCUUCUACUCCUGCUGGUACCGUGCCAAGCUGCGGGAGGAGCACGGGCUCGCGGAGAAGCCCUGCGGCGACUGCUGCGUCCACUUCUUCUGCGGCCUCUGCGCCCUCUCCCAGGAGUACCGGGAGCUCAAGAACCGUGGCUUCGACAUGAGCGCGGGAUGGGAAGCCAACGCGGAGAGGAUGGGGAAGAUCGCCGCUCCCCAUGUGAACCCCGGGAUGACUCGUUAGUCUCGGUCGAAAUGAAGUGCAAAUAAUUACCCGGCCUCCCCAGUAGGAGGGUCGGGCAUGCCAUCAUCCAGCUUCUACUCUAGUCUUCUUCCUUGUGAUCCAUGCAUGUACUAUGUGUUACUGAACCCUCCGAAUAAAAAGUACUCCAUCCGUUUCAAAAUAAA